AUGAGAGCCGCAUCGUACUCCCAGAAGAGCCUGCAAGUGAGCGGCUCUGGCAGCAGAGUACGGGUUCAGAGCCCGUCGCCAUCCCGAUGCCGUGGAUCCUCUUACGACAGUCGUGGACGCUCCGGAAAUCGCAGCACCGCCAUCGAGUUGGGUACAGAGAUACACCAGCAGCAUGCCAAUGAGAAAGAGGAGAUGCAGGAGCUCAAUGUCAAGUUUGCAGGAUACAUCGACAAGGUCCAGGCACUUGAGCAGAGAAAUGCUGCUCUCCACGCUGAGCUGGCGUCCCUGCAGGGCCGCUACAAGGGAGGCACCACAGGCAUCGGAGAAGAAUAUGAGCUCAAGUUUAAAGAGGUGCGGGAGCUGAUUGAGGCCCUGACUAAUGAGAAGGGAUCAGCUGACAUUGAGAGAGGCUACAUUGAAGAAGAGGUUGAAGUGUGGAAACUAAAGCUGGAGGAGGAGCUGACACUUAAAGAAGAGGCAGAAAUGAUUCUUAGGGAGUUUCGCCAGGACGUUGACAACGCAACACUGCAGAAGGCUGACCUGGAGAGGCGCAUUGAACAACUGGUGGCUGAGAUAGAGUUUCUCAAGAAGCUGCACGAUGAAGAGGUGGUUGACCUCAUGAAGCAAAUAGAGGACUCAAAGAUCACUUCUCAACUCGAUGGCGAGCGUCCUGACCUGGCUGCCUACCUGCGCAACAUGCGGGCAGAGAUCGAGUCCGUCGCUGCUCGCAAUGUCCAGGAAGCUGAGAAAUGGUACAAGUCCAAGUUUGACACCCUCAAAGAGCACGCUGGCAAACACGAGGACCAGAUGAAGUCCAUGAAAGACGAGAUCUCCACUUUCAGCAACCAGGUGACAGACCUGCAGAACCAGAUCGAUGGGCUGAGGGCUCGCAACGCCGCGCUGGAGCAGCAGCUUGAGGAUAUGGAGAUGGCCCACCUUGAUAAGUCGGAAGGCCUAGAGGCUAUCAUCGCUCAAUUGGAGGCCAAGCUCUGCGAAACCAAGCUAGAGAUGACCAAGUAUCUCAAAGAUUAUCAAGAACUGCUGCACAUUAAGCUCAAGCUGGAUGCAGAGAUCGCCACAUACAGGAAGCUGCUGGAAGGCGAGGAGCAGAGGCUUGGGAUUGCCAAAGAAGUCUGA